GGUAUUAGGUAGUGAAAUUGAAACAAGUGAACCACUCCAUAUAUAAUAGUAGACUAUGCCCCUCACAAAGUCCUCAAUCAUCAGCGGUAGCAACAGCCAUGGGAGAGGUUGACCCAGCUUUCAUCCAAGACCCACAACACAGGCCAAAGCUCUCCAUCAUCCAAGCCGAAGGAAUACCCAUAAUUGAUCUCUCUCCAAUAACCAACCACACAGUUUCAGAUCCAUCUUCCGUUGAAGGGUUGGUUAAGGAGAUAGGAAGUGCAUGCAAGGAGUGGGGCUUCUUCCAAGUAACCAAUCAUGGGGUGCCCCUCUCUCUAAGGCAAAGGAUUGAGCAAGCUUCAAGGUUGUUCUUUGCACAAAGUCUGGAGGAGAAGAAAAAGCAUAGCAGAGAUGAGAGCUCUACAACUGGUUACUAUGACACAGAACACACCAAGAACGUUAGAGACUGGAAAGAAGUCUUUGAUUUUCUAGCGAAAGACCCUACUUUCAUCCCUGUCACUUCUGAUGAACAUGAUGAUCGAGUCACUAGCUGGACCAAUCCAUCUCCUCAAUACCCUCCAAACUUUAGUGAUAUAAUCCAAGAGUAUAUUGAAGAGGUGGAAAAGCUGUCCUUUAAGUUGUUGGAGCUUAUAGCUCUGAGCUUAGGCCUUGAGCCAAAGAGGUUUGAAGAGUUUUUCAUGAAAGAUCAAACUAGCUUUAUUCGGCUGAACCACUAUCCUCCAUGUCCUUAUCCUCACCUAGCUCUUGGUGUUGGUCGACACAAGGAUGGUGGAGCCUUAACCGUUCUUGCCCAAGAUGAAGUUGGAGGACUUGAGGUCAAACGCAAAGCAGAUCAAGAGUGGGUUCGAGUGAAACCUACACCAGAUGCUUAUAUAAUCAAUGUUGGGGAUAUUAUUCAGGUUUGGAGCAAUGACGCCUAUGAGAGUGUGGAACACAGAGUGAUGGUUAACUCUGAGACAGAAAGGUUUUCCAUUCCGUUUUUCUUCAACCCUGCACACGACGCCGAAGUCAAGCCUUUGGAGGAAUUGACAAAUGAGCAAAACCCUAUGAAAUAUAGGCCAUACAAAUGGGGCAAGUUUCUUGUUCACAGAAAGGAAAGCAAUUUCAAGAAACAAAAUGUGGAGAACAUUCAGGCUUAUCAUUAUAAGAUAGCUUAAAGGAUAAUCAAUUAACAGGGCCAUUUAGCUUAUGCAUGUAAAGCAGACUGAUGGAUGAAUGUUUCUGAUUUGUGGGACUGUGAUGUAAUUUGAUGCAAAAAAAUCACUAGUGUGCGCAUUAUUGAAAGGCUCUUCGUGGGGUUGAUGAGUAUGAAACUAAUAAACUAUGUAUUGGCUGCAUUCAUCUUUUUGUCAGCAAUGAUUUUUUCCAGGAACACUUAUUACCAUUGGAUUGAAUGUAAAUGAGAAAAGCCUAUAUCA